CCAGAGGUUACUAUCUAUUCUAUCAAGUUUUAACAACUCGUUUUUAUUUUUUAUUUUAUCCUCACUUAGUUUUAAUAAACUUUUAGUUUUAUAUCUUCAACGAAUCCUUGGUAGAAGUUAAUAAACAUGAAGACAUACGUCGUGAUAGCUGCCCUCCUCAUCGUCGGAUCCAAAGCACAAGAAUCAUUCAAAUGUCCUGAUGACUUUGGCUUUUACCCUCAUCACUCAUCAUGUGAUAAGUACUGGAAGUGCGACAAUAAUGUCGCUGAAUUAAAGACUUGCGGCAACGGUCUUGCUUUUGAUGCAUCAGAUUCCAAGUAUCUUACUGAAAAUUGUGAUUAUUUACAUAACGUUGAGUGCGGCGAAAGGACACAACUUGAACCACCAAUUAGCACACCCCACUGUUCUCGGCUCUAUGGUAUUUUCCCAGAUGAAAAGAAAUGCGACGUAUUCUGGAAUUGUUGGAAUGGUGAAGCUUCUAGAUAUCAGUGCAGUCCUGGUCUUGCUUAUGACCGUGAAGCACGAGUUUGUAUGUGGGCUGACCAAGUUCCUGAAUGCAGAAAUGAUGAGGUAGCCGGAGGAUUCACGUGUCCAGCUGCAGGUGAGGUCGCUGGUUCAUCAGGAAGCUUUUCUAGACACGCACAUCCCGAAGACUGUAGAAAAUAUUACAUCUGUCUUGAUGGUAUUGCAAGAGAAUACGGAUGUCCUAUUGGUACAGUCUUCAAAAUUGGUGAUGCUGAUGGCAGUGGUGCUUGUGAAGAUCCCGAAGAUGUUCCAGGAUGUGAGGAUUACUACGGUGACCUGGAUUUGAAGAGCAUCAGGAAGAGCGAACUCCUUACUGGUAUUUCUCAGAGCGGUGGAGAAUCAAGAAACGUGCCUAAACCACAAGGCAAACCUAGGCCAACACCUGUACCCUCGAGGCCUGCACCUCUUCAGGAAUAAUUUCAUUAACUUUCAUGUGUUCCUUUCAACCCUUUCCUUCCUUUUUUUCUCUACAUCAUCAUCCCCAAGAUGAUCAAGAGUCGUCAUGACAUCGGAGUGCCAAAGCUGUGAAAAUAAUUGAAACAUAAAUAUAUAAAAGAUAAAAAAAAAAUUGACUCUUGAUCACUCUAUUUUUCAAAUCAUUCAAAAAUCCCUCAUUCUCUCUGACCUCUUUUGUUUAUUUUUAAUUGAGAAUAAGAAAACUUAAUAAAUAAAAAAAAAGCCAAAAAAUUUAA